UGUUUCCUGAAUGUUUUUUGAGAAGAGAUGAAUAAAUGUCCCCGAUGCAAUUGCGAAGCGACUGGAGAGAACCGCCUGGUUACGGACAGCUGUGGGCACACCAAGUGCCGUCUCUGCCUGGUGGCGGAUGUGUCCGAUUGCCUGGAGUGCCGAGUUGCACGACAGGAGGAGGAGAGGGCCAGAAUCCAACAGACAAAGGAAAAGGAACGAACUCCAGCGGAUAAGUGUAUCAUUGUCACGGAUAAGGGCUAUCAUUGUACAGUGUGCAAAAAGGACUUUCGCAGCCGCACCCAGCAAUAUUACCACCUCGCCUGUGGCAACGAUCUUCUCAAGAAGUUUAGCUGCAAGGAAUGCGGUCGCAGGUUUGCCAGCCGUUCCCAUUUGAAGUACCAUCUCAGCAGCCAUGAGAACCAAUCGAAGCACACGUGCGGCGUCUGCAACAAAAGUUUUAAGCAGAAAAUCAUCCUGCAGCGCCACAUGCUCACCCACAAACAAGAGCAGCAUGUGUGUCAGGUCUGCCAGAAGGUCUUCCGCCGCCAGAGCUCCCUCAAAUGCCACCUGGCCAUCCACACCGAUCUCGGUCUUCCAUACAAAUGCGAGCUGUGCUCCAAGCACUUCCAGAACAAGGCCAAUUUGAACCAGCACCUGCGGAAGCACGACCAGAACAGCAUCCGGCACAAGUGCAAGGUGUGCCAGAAGUCCUUCCUGCGCCAAACCACGCUCCGACUGCACAUGAAGCGACAUUCGAUUCGUGAACGCCAAUCCUGCUCCUUGUGCGGCAAGAGCUACAACGACGCGGAUGCCCUGAGCCGCCACCUGAGGCAGCACAAGACCUUAGAACGCUACCGCUGUAUUGAAUGCGAAAUCACGGUUAACCGGAAGGACAACAUGCUCCGUCACCUGCGCUCCAUGCAUCGAUGUGCCUUUGAGAGCACUGUGGAGAUAGUUACCGCCAGGUCCAAUGCUCAAGAGAUCACGCCGGUGGUGCCGGUGGAGGAGAGACCACCCACGAUCGUGCGCUACAACAGCGUGAUCCAGAGCGUGGGCAACGUGGAGCCAGUGGUGGUACCGGAAAUGUUGCCAUUACCAACUCCUUUACGAGAUCUACACCUGGAGCAACCACUACUACAGCCAGAACACCGGCCACUGCCAAACGUUAUGCCCGAGGAGAAUGUCCAGCUCUAUAGGAAGAUCAUCUUGGUGGACAACGAAGAGUAUUCCAAUGAGCUCGUCAUCGAUGAGCGCCAAGAAUCCGCCACGCAGCAACGGCAGCCCGUGGCGGGGCAAAGCAGCUCCAAAUUUAGCGAGAUGCACUGGCGCAAGAAUUUUAAAUUCUGGUACCAAAAAGAGGAAAACACAAAGUGAGGAUAUGAUCUCUCUA